AUGGAUGAAAAUGGAGAAAACAGAAAGUUGCAACUACAAGAGUUAAAGGAAAUUCGCAAUGAUGCCUAUGAGAAUGCAAGGAUUUACAAGGAAAAGACGAAGGCUUUUCAUGACAAGAUGAUCUCUAGGAAGGAGAUUAAAGUUGGUCAAAAAGUCCUUCUAAAUCAUUCACGGCUUUGGUUGUUUUCGGCUAAGUUGCGUUCUCAUUGGAUUAGACCUUUUGUUGUUAUUAAUGUUUUUCCUCAUGGUGCAGUUGAAAUUCAAAGUUUAGCAACUUCCAAAGUGUUCAAGGUGAAUGGCCAUAGACUUAAGACUUUCUAUGAAGGUCUCCAAGAAGAAAAUGUGGCAGGAUUAGACCUUGAGGAUCCGACUUAUUCAGAUUAA